GAUCGCCUUAUUUAUACCCGAUCUGUCCGCCUGUUUACCGGCUUCCAUUCUUUGAUUUGUUUUCGUGUCUGUGCAAGGCCGGCUUUUAUUCCUGGUCUGCUCGCUCGGUUCCUUGUGUCACUCUUUUCUCUGUAUCAUGCAUUUGUCCUCGCUUUCCCUGUCCCUGACGGCCUUGGCCAUCGUCAGCCCUUGUACAGCUCAUCCUCAAUUUAGGUCCGCUCAGCCAGUCCUGCGGAGUGAGGCCGACGACUCCCAGUCUCGCGCAGAUGCCGUCAAGGCCGCCUUCUCGCACGCCUGGGAUGGCUACCUCCAAUAUGCCUUUCCGCAUGACGAGCUGCACCCCGUCUCAAACGGCUAUGGCGACUCCAGGAACGGAUGGGGUGCGUCUGCUGUGGAUGCACUUUCCACUGCAGUGAUCAUGCGCAAUGCAACCAUCGUCAACAAGAUUUUGGACCACGUGGCCACGAUUGACUACUCCAAGACAGACAGCACCGUGAGCUUGUUCGAGACUACCAUCCGCUAUCUGGGUGGUAUGUUGUCCGGCUACGAUCUGUUGAAGGGCCCUGCAUCGGACCUGGUGCAGGACUCAUCCAAGGUCGACAUUCUUUUGACCCAGUCGAAGAACCUUGGAGAUGUUCUCAAAUUCGCCUUCGACACGCCCUCUGGCGUUCCGUAUAACAACCUUAACAUCACAUCUGGGGGAAACGACGGAGCCACGACCAACGGUCUUGCUGUGACUGGUACACUGGCGCUAGAGUGGACGCGCCUUUCUGAUCUGACGGGCGAUCCCACGUAUGGCAACCUGAGCCAGAAGGCCGAGUCUUAUCUCCUUAACCCGCAGCCCAGUUCAGCGGAGCCGUUCCCGGGCCUGGUGGGAAGCAACAUCAACAUCGCAACUGGUCAGUUCGCGGAUGGGCAGGUGAGCUGGAACGGCGGUGAUGAUUCCUACUAUGAGUAUCUGAUCAAGAUGUACGUGUACGACCCCAAGCGGUUCGGCCUCUACAAGGACCGCUGGGUGGCGGCGGCGCAGUCAACUAUGCAGCACCUGGCGUCACACCCGUCGUCCCGCCCGGACCUGACCUUCCUGGCCUCUUACAAUGACGGCAACUAUGGCCUGAGCUCGCAGCAUCUGACUUGCUUCGAUGGAGGGAGCUUCCUGCUGGGAGGAGCAGUCUUAGACCGGUCCGAUUUCAUUGAUUUUGGCCUGGCCCUGGUGAAUGGGUGUCAUGAUACAUACAACUCGACGUUGACGGGAAUUGGACCGGAGACGUUCAGCUGGGAUACGAGCUCCAUCCCGGCAAGCCAGCAGACUCUCUACGAACAGGCCGGGUUUUACAUCACCAGUGGUGCGUAUAUCCUGCGACCGGAAGUUAUCGAGAGCUUUUACUAUGCCUGGAGAGUUACCAAGAACGAAACAUACCGCGAAUGGAUCUGGAGCGCGUUCAGCGCGAUCGGCAACUAUUGCCGCACGGGCUCGGGAUUCGCGGGCCUGACGGACGUCAACGCGGAGAAUGGAGGCAGUCGGUACGACAACCAGGAGAGCUUCCUGUUUGCGGAGGUGAUGAAAUACUCGUACCUGGCGUUCUCCGAGGAGGCAGAGUGGCAGGUGCAGACGGGCGGUGGGAACAAGUUUGUGCUGAACACGGAGGCGCACCCAGUGCGGGUGAGUACAUAAGGAGUAUUGUUAGAGACUAGAGCAUAUAUUUAGGGUAUCGUUAGAGUAUAAUAUAGUCAGUGGAGCAGCGCUGCUCUAUCUUGCCA